CCCUAUUUUGAUUUUUUCGUUUUCUCAAAAUCUAAAGGCCUAAAAAUAUCCCAAAACAACAAAUCAAGGUCACAUGAUCAACAAAAUGGCAGAAGUAAUACCCAAAUAUUUACAACUGUCCCAAAGAGUGAUUAGAAUUUUAGGCUGUAAUCCUGGUCCAGCUACAUUACAAGGUACAAAUACAUACUUAGUAGGAACAGGUAAAAGGCGAAUUCUUAUUGAUACAGGAGACCCAAAUGUGCCGGAGUAUAUUAAUUUACUCAAGACAUCUUUAGCUAAGCAUGCAGUGGACAUACAGGAAAUCAUUGUCACUCACUGGCACCAUGACCACGUUGGAGGGGUUGAUGAUAUCUGCCGAGCUCUUGGCACAAAAUUUCGAAUAUCUAAAUUGAAAAGAGAAUCUUGUCCAGAUGUAGCAUUGACUGAGACUACUUACAAUUUUAUUAAAGAUAGACAUGUAUUUUCAACUGAAGGAGCAACACUCAAAGCUUACUAUGGCCCAGGUCACACUGAAGAUCACAUUGUCUUACAGUUACAGGAAGAUGGUUCUGUCUUCUCAGGGGACACAAUACUUGGUGGAUCAACUACAAUCAUUGAGGAUUUACAACAGUACAUGAAGACAUUGAAUGAACUUCUUGAACUCAAGCCAAAGGUUAUAUACCCAGGUCAUGGCCCUGAAAUAUUGAAUCCAGAGGAAAUAAUCCGGUAUUAUAUCAAGCAUAGAAAUGAUAGAGAACAACAAAUUGUCCAGUUUCUAAAAAACAACACUGGGAAAAAGAUUACUGCCCUAGACAUUGUAAAGGGAGUGUAUAAGGGUGUGCCUGAAGAAGUCUUUCCCAUGGCAGUUCAGAAUGUGACAUUACAUCUCCAGAAACUGCAGAAAGAUGAAGUAACAGAAUCUGAAAAUGGGGAAACAUGGGCAAUCAAGUCUAAGCAAAGCAAUAUUUAAUACAUCUAAUAUUGUUUCUUAAAAUUUUAGCCUCAAGUGUUUUAAAAAUCUAACUAUGCAGAGUAUUAUCUUUUUAUUUUAAAGAGUUAUAAUUUUGAAAUCAGUAGUUUUGAAAUAUGUAUGGUGACUUGUUUCAAGUAGUAAUCCAUUUCAACCAUGUAAAUUUUAGUUAAAUUGUUUCUAAGUCACAUGAUCUAUUUUUAAAGCUAUUCAGCUGUAUUAUUGAAUUGUUGUAAAUGGUUUUAAUGUCAUACAAUAUACAACUUGUUGAUUAUUUUUUUAUUGAUGAAGGAAAUGAACAAUACAUUAUGAAAAUUUGUCCUAACAAUAAUUUUUGUAUAAAACUGCAAAUCAAAUAUCCUCUAAACAAAACAUUAGUUAAUUUUUCAAGAUUAGCUUUGACAAAUGAAAUGUGACCAACGGUGGUGGUUUAUUGCCUUGUUCAAAGUGUUUUUGUUUUUUUUUGGAUCCCUUACAUUAAGGGAAAUUUAUGCAAAUUGAGUCAGCUUUUUUUUAAAUAACGAGAAUCAAAUAAUUAUUAAUAACUUUUUGUACCUAACAGUCAGUUGAAACUACCAUUGGGGAACUUCUUUUUAAAAAAAAUCUUAUUUCUAUUUAAACUACACUCACUUCAAUUGUUUUAGCUUUACUUUUGCAUUUUUCAAGACUAUCUCAUGAUUUUCAAGCUGUUUAGGUUUAGCUGCCUAGGCUAUUCCAUAUACUAUUGCAAUGGUCAAUUAAAAAUUCUUUUAUUUAUUUAUAUGAAGAGUUAUCGCUCAACAAGUCCUUAAACUCACUAGAUUAUAAGAAAUCACUUUUAUAAUCAGUUUAAUUAGACAACUGUGAUAAACAGGUUUUUCAUUUUAGUUUAACUUGUAUAUAUAUAUAUAUAUAU